GCUCAAUUUGCACCAUGGCAACAGGGAAACUGUAUUCAGCAGCAGAUAGUUGAGGUUUUCGACGUUUCGUUACGAUCGUUUUUAAUCGUUUUCAUCAUCACAGUGAUUGAAACGUAGGCCUACUUCACGAAAAUGUGAUUUCCUCUGACUUUGUUUUCUUGGAGUGUCAGAAAAUCGAAUGAAGGUGUUUCAAUAAUGGCAAAUGCUGAGACAGUCAGUCCGUUGCCCGGUUCAGCGGGUAUGGGACGCAGAAUGUACUCUGAUCCAAGACCCCCAUCCCAAGGAGGUUCCCGACCAUCCUCACGUGUUGGUUUCCAAGUCUCUGAGAGUCCCCGUCCACAUUCAAGGCAAGGCUCAGGUGGGCGUGUGCCCCAUCCCCCAGGCCAGUCACCGGACCGAACCGUCAGCCCUGUCCGUGAACGUCCCCUGUCAGUGCGCUCCCUGCGUGAAAAGACAGAGAUGGCUGACUUUCUGACGCCGAUGGUCAAGUCAGCCGUCAGGCGCUGGAAGAGAUUCCAUGAGCAGAGGGUCCGGGAGAAGUACCUCCAGAGGAAGUCAGAAAAGAAGCUCCAAGUAGACGUGGUUAGAGAGGAGAAGAAGCGAUUGGCAAGACGCAUUCCCGUGGACACACUAGCCCUGGAGUGGCUGAAUGACAACCACAUCACGGUCGAUGCCCGGGCAUAUCUUCUCGACAAACUCCUCCCGACAUUGAUCUUGGGCAUAGAGAAACUUCUCAUGGAAGCUGAGAAGCGAGGGCUCGCCGAGAGCAAUGAGGCCGAUCCAAACUUUAACCCCAUCAAUUUCCUGGGACAAUACCUGAUGAGAAACAACCCACGAUACAGUAAUUUCCCGGAGGCUUCACCGUACAUCAGAGGACUCCGAGAAGUCACAGAGGAACUGAAAAAGCAUGUCUUCUCAUUUGAGGACAAUAAACUUGCCAAGAUCAAAGCCGAUGCGCGCCGCCGUCGGGAGGAACAGGAGCGACAGUCAAGAAUGAGAAACGAAGAGAGACAGCAGAGAUCAGCCCGGCUGAGACAGAACUACCAAGAGUGGCUGAUUGAUGACGACGGCAUGAUUGAGCUGCAGGUCUUACAGACGGCAGUCCGGUCCUUCGCCGAUGUGGUGGAGGGACUCCCCGAUGAUGUCAGGAAAGCUGCUCAAGUCAGCGAGCUGUUCAUCAAGGAGAAAACCUCCACGGAGAAAGUUGGCGCAGAUGAUUUUGUUCAGUAUCUUAAGAAGUACAUCACCAAUAUGUCGCCAACUCUCUUCAAUGAGCUCAUGGGUCACCUGCAGCGCUGUGCCGCUGCGUAUCGACGGGCGGCCAUCUUGGAGGCUAGACGUGAGAUUCUGAUCAGGCUCUUCGAUGCCUGCGACCGCGCCGGCGUCGGGUCGAUUGACCGGCACCGCGUGCUGGGCUUGUUCGACAACUUCUGGGACAAUUCGCAGUGGGCCGUCAAGAGAUAUCUACGCAACCCAAGGAAAUGGCCUGUGGUAGAACUGGAUGAAGUCACCGACGAGUUAGAUAGUAUCUCUGAAGACAGCUUUGUGCGCAGCCUGCCUGGUACCCCAGCAGCAGGCAGCAUUGCAAAGGGCCUGGACAGGAAACCGGCUACUGCUGAGAAGAAACCCGAACCAAAGCCAUCAGACGAGGUACCUACUGAAGUCAGCUCUGAGGAUGUCAUUUCAGCUACUGGGGAGAAAUUGAACAUUGGAGGUGCAUCAGAGGACGUGACUGAAGCCUUGGAGAAAGUAUUGGAAGAGGACAAAGCUGCCGAAGAACAAAAAAUUGAGGAGCAACUUCCUGAAGAAACAAAAGCAGAUGAGAAAGAACCGACAGUGCCAGCAGAAACAGCAGAGUCUGUAAAAGACACAGCAGAGGAGGCCAAGCCUGAAGGGCAAGCUGAGAAACCAGCGGAUGUGGAAGAAGUGAAGGCAAUAGACCAGACAGCUGAACCAUCAGCAGACCAAGAGAAAGAGCAAGCAGCUGAAACAACAGAAGAGUCAGCUGAGCAGGUUGUGGAAGCAGUUGGACAAGUUGUAGAGCCUUCUACAGAGUUGGCCGAGGAGCCGUCAGCAAAGCCUGUUGAUGAGCCUUCUGCAAAACCUAUUGAUGAGACUUCUGCAAAGCCUGUUGAUGAGCCUUCUGAAAAGCCUGUUGAUGAGCCCUCUGCAAAGCCUGAUGAUGAGCCCUCUGCAAAACCUGAUGAGGAGCCCUCUACAAAGCCUGUCGAGGAGCCUUCUGCAAUGCCUGUUGAGGAGCCCUCCUCAAAGCCAGUUGAGGAGCCCUCCUCAAAGCCAGUUGAGGAGCCUGCUACUGAUUCUGCCUCACAGGAAGGUGAACCUAUGGUAGAGCCUUCUGCCAAGCCAGUUGAGGGGGCUUCUGCUGAACAAGCGACUGCCCAAGAGCCAAAUGAACCUGCACCUGCUGCAGCCGAAGCUGUCAGUGAAUCUGUUGGAGCAGAACCUACUGGUGCUGUUCCAGAACCUGCUGCAACUGAGGCUACUAAGGCUGAGGAACAGAAAGUAGAAGAAACUCCAGAGAUUGUUAAACCAGCAGCUGGAGAAAAAGAGGCAGUUGCAGAGACAGUUGCAGAGACAAGCCCUGGAAGCGAGAAGCAAGGUGUGACAUUCCACAGAGACACCGUAGAGACAACUGGAAAAUCAGACCACAGCUCCAUCAAGUCGCCCACCAAGACCCCCACCUCUCACCGCUGCGGCUCAGUAGCCACCAGCAUCUUCGACGAGAACCUCCUGAACAGCUCUCAGUUUGUUCAGAUUGUGGAAGCCUUCCUUGGGGAGAGCCCUCCGGAGGAAGUGGUCCAGCAGCUGCUCAAGUACCUAGGGGAGGGAUACAUCGAGACGGAAGAGGAGAAAUAUCUACGCUUGCAGAAGUCUCGCCGUGAAGCUCAAUCAGCCAAGCGCAAGCUGAUGUUGGAGCAGCUCUUUGAGAAGUGGGACAAUGACGGCUCAGGGUAUCUGGAUCUUGAGGAGCUGCACUCCGUCAUGAGUAAAUUCAAGGAGAACAUGGAGGCUAAGAUCAUGCAGAAAGCCAAGACGAUCAUGAUGAAGGAGGAAUAUGACAAUCGGCUAAGCAAGCGGGAAUUCAAGGCCUACAUUGAGGCAGUCUGCUCCAUGCUGCCCGGAGGAGAGGACAACUUUGAUCCCUUGAUUGAGUUCCUUAUGACCAGCAUCGAGAGAUCCUAUGAAGAGCGGAUCCGGGGCCAGGCCCGUAAGAAGUGGUUGAACAUGAUCAUAUCAUCGGCAGAAACCAGCGGUGCUAGCUUGCAACCUGUCUAUAAAUGUGUCUUCAAUUCCCUCUUCAAGGAUGCCGAGCAGCAUGGGCGAGGCAAGCGCAUCAGUGCCAACAUUGGCAUGCUGGAACACAACGAUUCCUCCCCAGCGCGUGGCCCAACGUGCCUGCGUUACGUAGCCUCCACACCAGACGACGCACACUUCAUGCUGAAUAAGAUCCUGUUCAGGGACAUGAAAGGCAUCAGCUUCACCUCUGUUGACACUGGGAAACCCAUCCACGUACCUAGAGUGCAGAAUCAUGGAAACAUCAUGUUCUGGAAUCCUGACCGAUCAGAAGAGAAAUACAAAAAGCUGUCCAUUGAUGAGUACGAUCCGACGAGAGAUCGUCAAGGCUCUUUCAUCGUGAUCCCCCUGAAGGACCAUCGCAAGCGAGUCUUUGGUGUCCUGGGCGUAGACACACUCAACGACCCUCAGGAGAAGAGCAUCUUCAUCACCCAUGAAAUCAGUUUCUUCCAGGGAGUGGCCAAAGCCUUCAGCUCCGCCCACCAGUACGUGGACAUCCGGAAGAAGACGCUGCGCAUCACGGAGAGCGCCCUCGCCUGGAUUCACCGACGGAGUCCGCACGUGCUGGAGAUCAACGUCUACAUUGUUGAGCCGGAUGAGAAGGAGGUUAACGCUGCUAUCCGCCGCAGGAGAAUCUCCGGCAAAAGCAAAAAAAUUCAGGGGUAUCUUAACGAAGAGGCUGCCAAACAGAUUGAGGAUAUCGUUUUGCGUCGAAUGAUGACCACAGAUCGUCAUGGCAACAUCACCACCCAUGAGAACCCUAGCAAGCUGGAACGGAAAGAAAACUUAUUCAGGGACUACCUGUUCAAGUGUGUGGACAACUCCGACACCGUUUCCGCCGAUGCCUACGGCCAGCGCCACACGGCCUUCCCCUUGAGGGAUCCAGACGGCCGUGCCGUGGCCCUGAUUGACCUGAGCAUCGGGGAGCUCAAGCAGCUACCUGGCCACGAGAACAAGGAGGUGCAGAGGAUGCUGAAGCUGCUACAGUCUGCACACAAGGAGGUGUCCAUGGAGUCUGAGGGUGGGGAUAGGACCAUCGUACUGGAGGCGGAGAAGGGUAGCGAGGAGUCGCGCAUUGACAUCAUGUUCGAUCGCAUCAUGCUGACGGACCUGCGAGAGACCGUAGGCAAGCUCAACUCGCGGGCCUUCGCUGAGCUCAAGAGCUACAAGGACCCACCCAAGGUCAUCCAUGAUAUCCUGGUGUCUGUGCUGACGCUGUUCUAUCAGGACAAGUCUGAGGAAGGGGAGCUGGAGUCAUGGAAUACAUGCAAACAGUUCGUCAACCAGGAACUGAUCAGGAAGAUUGAGGAGUUUGACCCUACAGCAUCGGAUACCAUCACUGCCGUCAGCAAGAUCUCAUCCAGACUUAAAGAAGUACCUCACGGUGCCGUGGCCAAGCACGGCUCCCUCCCGGCCCAGAACCUGUACAACUGGGCCUUUGUAUGCCUGUCCCUCCUGGAGCAUACCAGCAAGAUGCAGGAGACCCACAAGCCAAGCAUCCUCACCCCGCCACCCUCCGCUGAAAACUACGACGGUGGGGCUAUAGAGAUGUAAAUAACAAAAACACAAACACGGAGUGACAAGUCCUAUCAUUGCCUUUGUAUAAAAACUCUCGUUUUUCAUGUAUUCUUGUACCAGAGUCAAUCACCAAAUAAUAGUUUAUACUCUCUUGGAGGGUUUAUUGGUAGACUACUUGAAUCAGACACUGGGGUAUAGUUACGGCAGCCAUUACGCUGUUGGUAAUCCACAGUGUAACCAAUUUUACUUAUUUUGUGAAAAUCCGUAACGUGUUCAUGAUACACAUGUAGCAGUAUUACAUUGGAGCUUUUUUUUUUAACUUUGACUGCAAAAGGGCAAUUUAUAAUUAUGCAUAGGUGACUGACUGGUAUAGAUGGUGAAUUAGGGGUACUAAGCAGUUUUCUUAGUAACAGCUUAAAAAUUGAAAUUUAAAAGCACACAUGCUUCCCGGUUUAAUAGAUGACACAAGAAAUAUGGUCAGUGUUGUCACUGUUGUAAGAUUUGAUUGAAUUCAUGUGUAAAAUUCACCGAGUUGAUUCCACGUACAUCUUGAAUCAGAUUACUGAAGCUUACAGAAUUGAUGGCAACUUACUUAAGCCUGUAUUCAAAACAAGUACUCUUUAUACCUUAACCCUAACAGAACUCAACCCAUCAAACCCCAACGGCAUGUUUUGUUGGAAUCUGUCAGGAUGGGUACAGUACCCCUAAACUGACAGUCUUUUACAUUGGGUUGGCACACCUCCAGAAACUAAGUCAGAAAUAUGUGUGCACAGUUUCCCAUAUGGUGUUGGAAUUUGCCAGGAUGGGUAUGGUUCCUAGUAAAUCAUGCGUUAGGGUUAACUGUAAAAAUUCAAGUCGCCAACGGAAGUUUUAAAUCUAAUUAAAGACGGAAACAUUAAACUUGUACAAAAUGUAUAUUUUGUUUUGGGUAUAUGUAAUGCACAAGUCUUAAUUAUUUGUUUGCUUUGAAAUCACAGAGGAAAAUUCUAAAUAAUUUCUAAAAAUUCAAAAUGUGACUUACCUUUUAUCUUUGUGCUUUUUUAAAAGUACAAAAAGGAAUUACUGUAUAUGAUUCCAAGUUUGAGCAAAUUCACAGUUUUUUAUAAUAACAAUUUCUUUGAAAUAAUAACACAAUGAUGUACAAAUGAAAUAAAUGGCAUGAUUUUUAUUUCCGGUUUUGUAGUAAUAAUACUCCGUCCAGGACCUUUUGAAUAAAUUUAAACUUGAAAACAAGA